AUGAGUUCAUUGAAGAAUAUCGUUUCAAAGAUAACAGUUAUCUGUUUAGAAGGAUGUCAUGGAUCAGGAAAGACAGAACUGUGUAAAUAUCUCAGUAAAAAAGGAUUCAAUGUGAUGGAUGAAGCAUUCUUGGAUAUGCCUAGAUACACUCAGAUACCACCACAAUCUCUCACAAUGGAAACCAUAUGGGUAUCGAAUUGGUUCAACAGAAUUUUAAAAAUAAAUCAAAAUAUUCAAAAUAAUAACAGUAGCAACAACAAUAAUAAUAAUAGUAAAUUAAAUAAUCAUAUAUUUAUUGCAGAUAGAUCACCUUUUUCAGCUAUUCUUUAUGCACGUGGAAAAGGACAUCAUUUAAAUCCACUGAUAAGUUCACAAAUAGAAGAGCUGCGUUCGUACGCUCAAAUCGAUAUCAAGACUGUCUAUCUGCAGGUCGAUGACGAUAAACUGUGGCAGAGAAUAGAGGAUCGUUUGAAACGUGAACCCGAACGAAAGAACUACGGUGAAGAUAAACGUGCUUGGAUGGAAGAUUCCGUUAGGUUCUACAAUCAAUCAAAGUGGGAUCUCACCAUCAACAACGACGAUCUUCAAACCUUUCAACAAAGAACAGAAUCAAUAUUUAAAUCAUUUAAUUUAGAAUUACCAAAUAAUAUUUCAUUAACAAAUAAUAAUAAUAAUAAUAAUAAUAAUUUAGAUAACAAUAAUAGUAGUAAAGAAACUAAAGUUCAAUAUUGGCAAUAA